ACGCAGCGAUCGCCAACGAAGCAAGCACCCAGCGCAAUCAACCGCGUUAUAUCCGUCCAUGUUUGGAGAGCGCAGGCGACUUUUAUAAAAGCCGCCUCCCCUCGCCGUUGCCGGACCCUGCCAAAAAGCAGGGGCCGCCAAGCUCCGCUCCGCUCUGCUCAGCUCGCCAUUGCCGUCCGGUGAAGCAGCUUGCGAAGGAGGUGGACGCAAUGGCGCGUUGUGGGGUCGCCGUUCUCGUUCUGAUCCUGCUUGCAUGUGUGGCUGCGGCGGCGGCCGCGGGCGGUGGGGAUCACCACCACCGGCGGGGGAGCAGGGCGUCGGCGCGGCUGCAGCUGGUGCCCGCCGCGCCGGGCGCGUCGCUGGCCGAGCGCGCGCGGGACGACCGGCACCGGCACGCCUACAUCUCCACCAGGCUGGCGUCGUCAAGCCGGCGGCGCGCGGCCGAGACGUCGACGGCCCCGGGCCCGGAGGCGUCGGCGUUCGCGAUGCCGCUGACGUCGGGCGCGUACACGGGCACGGGGCAGUACUUCGUGCGGUUCCGCGUGGGCACCCCCGCGCAGCCCUUCGUGCUGGUCGCCGACACCGGCAGCGACCUCACCUGGGUAAAGUGCCGCGGCGCGUCCUCGCCGUCGGCCGCGUCUCCGUCAGGCUCGCCGCGCGUGUUCCGGCCGGCCGACUCCAAGUCGUGGGCGCCCUUCCCGUGCUCCUCCGACACGUGCAAGUCCUACGUCCCCUUCUCCCUCGCCAACUGCUCCGCCGGCACCGCCCCCUGCUCCUACGACUACAGGUACAAGGACAACUCGUCGGCCCGCGGCGUGGUGGGCACGGACGCGGCCACCAUCGCGCUGUCCGGCUCCAACGGCGGCGGCGCGGACAGGAAGGCCAAGCUGCAGGAGGUGGUGCUGGGAUGCACCACCUCCUACGACGGCCAGAGCUUCCAGGCCUCCGACGGCGUGCUCAGCCUCGGCAACAGCAACAUCUCCUUCGCCGCCCGCGCCGCCGCGCGCUUCGGCGGCCGCUUCUCCUACUGCCUCGUCGACCACCUCGCCCCGCGCAACACCUCCAGCUACCUCACCUUCGGCCCCGACGCCUCCAACGGCGCCUCAUCUUCCAGGACGCCGCUGCUGCUCGACGCCCUGGUGGCCCCGUUCUACGCCGUGACGGUCGACGCCGUCUCCGUCGCCGGGGAGGCGCUCGACAUCCCCGCCGAGGUGUGGGACGUCAAGAGGAACGGCGGCGCCAUCCUCGACUCCGGCACAAGCCUCACCAUCCUCGCCACCCCGGCGUACAAGGCCGUCGUGGCGGCGCUGAGCAAGCAGCUCGCGGGAGUGCCAAGGGUGACCAUGGACCCGUUCGAGUACUGCUACAACUGGACGGCCACGGGCACGCCGCCGGCCGUCCCGAGGCUGGAGGUGCGGUUCGCCGGGUCGGCGCGGCUUCAGCCACCGACCAAGAGCUACGUCAUCGACGCGGCGCCCGGCGUCAAGUGCAUCGGGCUGCAGGAGGGCGGCUGGCCCGGGGUGUCCGUCAUCGGCAACAUCCUGCAGCAGGAGCACCUCUGGGAGUUCGACCUCGCCAACCGCUGGCUUAGGUUUAAGGAGAGUCGCUGUGCACAGUAAUUAAUUAUUUAUUAGGCAGCUCUCUAGUCAUUUCUUCUCACUCCUUCCCUUCUCGUUCGUUCUUUCCCGUAAGGGUCUCGCUGAUUUUGUAAGGCUCUUUCUUCAUAAGCAAGUGUUAAUGAAAUGUGGGAUGAAGAUAGUA